GCGCCAAGGCAAGAUGAGCGGCGGGUACCUCGAUAUCGACGCUAUCUUGGCGGAGGACGAGCGCAUCAAAUGCAAGUUUGACACCAAUGCCCUGGACUGCGGGUAUCUGGACCCCAGUUGCCUUAAUCCAGAUCUAGCUGAGGGGGCUGUAGUGGAGCUGCCGAUGUGGCUGGCCCGACCGCUGGCUCAGCGUGGGGACGUGAGUGUAGAGCCGCCACACUACCUGACCAAGCGUUUUCGUCGCAUGCUCAAGGCCGGCCCUUCCUCCGUGAAUUUGCGUGAGUUUUCAAGCUACGUGCUGGACGUUGGACGCCAGCUUCUUCCCUACGUGAGCGACGAGGAACAGGGCGAGAUCGAUGAGAUCCUGCGUCUCUGCUUCGGAGGCGAGCGCUACCGUGACCUCCUCAACAACGUUAUGAGCUCGUUGGAUGAGGACACGACUGAGUUCACACGUAAGCUCACGCAGGACGAGAAGAAGCUCUUCGACGCCGGCAUCCGUGAUGCCAAGGACUUCAUUCAGUGGAAAGGACGGAACGCUGAGAUCAUCUCCGCCGCCACCGUCGUCGAGCGCUCACUCAAAAAGCGCAAGUUUCGAGCUUGAGGAUAUUUUGGUAAAAUAAAUAGAUUACUUCUGAAAAUA